AAAACACAAUAAUAGGAAUAAGCAAAAAUAAAUAAGAAAAAAAAUAUAAUUUAGAUUUAGAACACAUCAAAUAAAAAACAGUUUUCAUUUUAGUUAAAUAGUAUGUGCGAUACAUAUUCGUUUGGAUAGUCAUCUGAGAUAAUUUAACAAAACGAUUACAACUCUACAAAUAACAUAAUGCAGUUUACAGAUCAAAAAUUGAGAGUAGAAUUAUUAGAGAUGCAACUAUAAGAGAGUUAGUAAAGAGAAAAAAAUUAAAUAAAAAUUAAUGAAUAGCUAUAUAAAGCUUUUUAAGAGGCUGAUUAGCGAUUGAAGGAUAUGAGCGAGGGUACUAAUAAGAAAAAAGAGUUUUAAUUUAUUUUAGACUAACAUGAUAAAUAUAUUCAAUCACUUAAACUAAAUUAUGAUUUAUAAAUUUCAAAAUUAAGAGCUGAAAUGGACAGCAUUAUUUAAGAAAAUGAAGAACUCAAGAAGACAAACUAAUUAUUAGAAGAUUAGAAAUUUGCCUUGUGGGGAGAUAAAGAAAGUAAAUAGCAUGCUCUUACAUCAGAAAAUCACAUUAUGCAACAAUAAAUAAAAAUGCUGAGAGAAGAAAUCAAUUUAUACAAAUCUAAUUCAGAAUUGGCUAAUCAAAAAUUUGAAAAUGAAGUUAAGCUAAAGUAUCAAAAGCUUGCUUAGGAAGAAAAGUAAAAGUUAGAAAAUGAAAUAAUGUCAAUUUAAUAAAAUCACAAAAAUGAAUUACUCAGACUUUAAGAUUAGAAUCACUAAAAUGAGAUACUAUGGAACAAAAAAUUAGAUAUUGCUAAUUAGCAAAGAGCUAUUAUGGAGAAAUAUAAAGCAAAUGACCAAAUGCUUUAUGAAAUGCAUAAAGAAAAUACACUUGAAGAGUUACAGACUCUAAAAAAGGUGAAUUACGACUAGUCAAAUCAAAUUGAUAAUUUGAAAUCAGCCAACCAAGAACUUUAAUGUCAAAUCAUAAAACUUCAAGAGGCACAAAAAGAGCUCAAUGAGUAUAAGAAAAAUAAAAUUUAAUAUGAAGAAUUAUAAAUGAAUUUUAAAGAUUUAGAAAGUAAGUAUGUUGAAGAGAAAGCAGAAAAUGAGAUUUUAAAACAGAAUUUAUAAAGUAUACAAUACGAAAUGAAGUCUAGCAUUAUUGAAUAGUAACUUUAGAAAGAUGAGCUAAAAAAAUAAUUAACACACGAAAGAAAGAAAUCAGUAGAUUUAAAUAACAAAAUAAUUGAAAAUCAAGAAGAUUACUUGAAAAAGAAAUCAGCAAUUGUAAAAGAAAUUCUUUAGCAAGAUAAUAAAAUUAAGGAAUUAUCAAAGUAACUAACAAAAAGUUAACUUCUCUCUUAAUAAUAGUCAUAACAGGUACGUCAGUCUUUAGUUAGUAAUUAACAGAAUACCUUAUAACCUUUCUCACCUUCUUCAGACAAAGAUGCUGUAUAAAAUAUUUCAAACAUCUUGAAUUUUAAUACAUCUCAAUAAAAUAUUUAGCUUUCAUCUGCAAGUAAUAUAUUUGUACCUUAGAAAAAGAUACAAAUUAAUAGCCCAAGCUUACAACCUUUGAAUGAAUCUAUUUUGCAAACUUAAAACUCUUCAAAGAAUUAAAAACUAGAUUAAGAAGAAUAAAAAUAAUAAUAAAAUAACAUCAAAGAAAUAAAGUAAAAAACUUUAUAAACUUCAAAAAGUAAUACUUAGCUCUGUUAAGUUAAAUAAAACGUUAAAAUUUAACAACAAAAUAACUCAUAAAAUAAACCUGAAUAAAAUGUAUCCUUACUAAGAUCACCUAGUUAUUUUUAGGCAAAGAAAAAGAUUACUUUUGAAAAUCAGUCUUAGUAAUAAACUUUAAAAAAAGAAACUAGAAAAUCAAGCUUACUACCAUAAUCAAACAAUCUUUCAGUAUAAAGAAGUCCUUCGGCAUAUUUAAAAAGGAAUGUUAGUAGAAAUGGGAUAAAUAGUGAUUAAUAUUUAACAAACAAAUCUCUAAGAUAAAAUAAUAGCAAUAUGGAAGAAAAAAGGGUAUCAUUAAAUACAACAUACAAUUUAAUUUCAAAUAAUUCAAAUAACAAUUCUCUUUGCUUGAAUAACUAGGUUAGCCCUAAAGAUAAUUUCUAUCAAUUUAAAGUUUCUAAUAACUACUCAGCUAAUAAGAGUAAUAUAUAAAGCAAGAAUUUAAUCAAUUAACACAGUUUCAACAAUAGCAGUAGCAACACCACAGAAGCUUUAAAUUAGUUUAGUAAAUCUGGAUUUGAAAGUAAUCAAAUUUUCAAUUAAAGUUCAUAAACAUAAUAAACAGCAAAUUAAAAUCAAUCUUUAUCUGUGGCUUAGUAUAUAAAAACUCACUCAAAUUCUUAGCAAUAUCAAUAAGAGUUUAAUUAAAGUUAUAAUCUAAAUGGUUAAUUCUUACAGCACUAGAUGAGCUUUAAUCAUAACCUUUUAAAUGAUAGCAGCUUAGGUAAAAUGAGUUUUUUGAACUCUGUUACUCCUAAUAAUAAUAAUGUUUCUUCAUAUUCUUAACAAGAAUUAAAUAAUUUACAAAGCGAACAAUGUUUGUAAAACGAUAAUGUAGAGUAUAGUUACAAUAGUUAGAAUUAUACUUUACCAAUAAAUUAAAAUUCUCUUAAUACUCAACCAAACAUUUAAUCGAUAACAUCCCCUAAGACACAAAAUAACCAUUCAAUUUACAAUAAUCCUUAUUUCAAUGGAUAUCAACCUGAUAGAGGUUAUAUUAUCUAAAAUAUUUAAAGCUUAGGAACAUAAGAAACAACUUAAACGCUUUAAACUUUAUAAAAUAGUUUAUCAAUUAACUAAAACGACAGCAUAAAAUUUAACCAAAGCUAGUAAACUAAUUUAUAAAACAAAAUUUAACAAGAAAUAAAUAAAGUAAAUUAAUAGGGAAUUUGCUAAAAUAUAACUAAUGAAUAAGUCUAAAAUUAAAUCUAAAACUAAAAAGCUAACUAAGUGCCAUCCGUAAAACUUGAACUGUUUAAAGAAAUUCCUUAAUAAAGUUAUUAUCAGAACUAAGAAGAUUCAUAAUCUGAGAUAAUAAUAAGUUAAUGUAGAAUCUUAAAUGAAGAAGAACAUUUGAAAACAAGUUAAGAUUUCGAUGAUAAUCAUAAUAAUAAUAUAAUUUACUUUGAUUAAACUUAAACUUAAUAAUAACCAGUAUCAUAAGCUUUAUCAAAGCUACAUUAGUUUAAUAAAGAUAGUGAUUAGCAAAAAGCUUAAGAAUAGAGAGAUUCAUCAAAAAGUAAAACAGACAGAUUAAACAACAAUUCUAAUUUACUUAGAUAUUGUUAUGAAGAUAAAGAAAAUUUGAACUAAUCUUAAAUAAAUAAAAAGAAUUCUACAUAAGGAUACUAAAGAUACAGUUACAUGGGAUGCUUAAAUGAUUAUAGCUAUUUAUCUAAAAAGAAACAUAAAUUUUCUGAUAUUCUAACACCUUCUGUAGAAGCUACUUCUAUUAUGCAAGAAAACGAUGAAUCUUUUAAUUUAUUCUCUAAGCAAUUUCUCUAAUCUAAUCACAUUAAUCCAUCUUACUGCAGUGAAUAAGAAAGACUGUCAAUAUUAAAUAAUAGAAAGUUAAGUGAUAUUAAUUUAAACUUUAACAGUGACUAAAUAUAUGGCUAAAAUAAAUAAAUACCUUAAAAAAUUAUUGUGAUAGAUUAAAUUCACGAAAAUAGCCUCAGCGAAUCAAAUAUUUCUUAAAGUUGUAUAGAAAAAAUUGUAGAGAAUUAAAAUUUCAAUAAAAAGACCCAAAACAAUGAUAGAUAGGAAACAGAAGAGGGUAAUUUAGAGAUUAAUGAAUUUAAAAAUGAGCAGGAGAUGAACAAAAUAUAGAUAAACUUGGUUGAUAAAAAAAAUUAAUCAAAGUUUUUACAAAAAUAUUGA